AUGCCAAUGACAACAAUUCAGUGUCGCCGUGUGCCCGCGGCUGCCGAGGGGGAGUGGGAAGGGCUGGUUGGGAAGCAGGAGAACAGGGAGCAGCGUUUCCACGCGUUUCCCGGAGGGAAGGAAGGAAGGAUUCCCUGCUGGAGCGGGAGCAGCGGGCGCUGCGGGGCGGAGGAGAGAGGGGGCGGCUCCUCCGCCUGCCUCGAUUUUAACAGUGGGAAGAUGCUGACGGACAGGAAUGAAUCCUGGCUCUCUAAUUUCUCCUCUGCUGCCUCCUCCUUUGCAAGGGGAGGGGUUGGGCUCCAGGAGGUGCUCGUGGGGCUUGUCCUCACCCUCAUUGACGUGGUGACACUGCUGGGAAACACCGUGGUGUUCCUCUGCCCCGUGGUGGAGAAGAGGCUGCGCACUGUCACCUACAUGUUCAUCAUGUCCCUGGCCACGGCAGACUUCCUCGUGGCCUGUCUGGUGAUGCCCUUCAGCAUCAUUUACGAGGUGACAGGGAUGUGGCUCUUUGGGAAGCUGUUCUGCAAAGUCUGGAUCUCCUUCGAUGUCAUGUUCUGCACCGCAUCCAUUGUCACGCUGUGCUUCAUCAGCCUGGACAGGUACUGCUCCGUGGUCACCCCCUACCACUACUCCAGGAGGAUGUCCCGGGGCAGAUGCAUCGUGAUGACCUGCACGGUCUGGGUCUAUUCCUCCCUCAUCUCCUUCCUUCCUGUCAUGCAAGGCUGGAACGAGAUCCCCGGGGUGGACUUUGAUGCGGGCAGAGAAUGCAUCUUCGUCACCAACUGGGUUUUUGCCAUCGUGGCUUCCGCCCUGGCCUUUUUCCUUCCCUUCAUGGUCAUGUGCAGCAUGUACUUCUUCAUCUACCGAGCCUCCCGCCUCAAGGCCACGCGCAUCAUGUCCCAGACGCUGGAGAUCCACUACCACCCCAACAGCAAGAGGCAGAACCACCUGCAGCUGGAGAACAAGGCCACGAGGACCAUCAGCAUCAUCAUCUCCGUGUUCGUGCUGUGCUGGCUGCCCUACUUCGUGCUGAACGUCUGGCUGGCGGCCAGAGGCACCGACUCCACCAGCACCGUGCUGCUCGGCACCUUCAAGAUCAUCACCUGGCUGGGCUACUGCAACUCCACCAUCAACCCCCUGCUCUACGCCUUCCUCAACAGGGACUUCCAGCACGCCCUCAGGAAGCUGCUCCUGUGCAGGCGCAGGUCUCAGGUGGACGCUGGGGAAGACAUGGUUUCCAUAGCCACGUUUUCCAAGACCGCUCCCAACCUGGAAUACAGUGUGACGGUGCCCAACGGUGCCCCGAAGGGCAAACCCAAGUCAUAG